AUGUCAAACCAUAUCGUCAACGUUGCGAUUGUCGGGGCAACGGGAAACAUUGGCCGGUUCAUCACCGAAGCCCUGCUCAAGACAGGCAAACAUAAAGUCACUGCCCUCGCGAGAUCUGGACGCUCCACCACACUUCCAGUUGGUGUGUCACGCAAGGAAAUUGACUAUGGCAAGCGCAAGACAAUUGUGGAAGCACUGAAUGGGCAAGAUGCGCUAGUCAUCAUCCUGAAUAGCAAAGCUCCCGAGGAAACUGAAUUGCUGUUGGUCCAGGCUGCCGGUGAGGCUGGUGUGAAAUGGGUGCUGCCGAACGAUUGGGCCCCUGAUACAACGAAUAAAGCAAUGAACAAGGACAUUGUGGUAUUCCCGGCCAAAGCUGCUAUCCGGAAAUCCAUUGUUCAACUUGGCAAAUGCAACUUUAUCGGUGUAUCCACCGGCCUUUUGUACGAAUGGAGUCUUGCUAUUCCAUUCGCGUUUGGAAUCGAUUUACUCAACCGCACGGCGACUUUCUUCGACGACGGCGAGACAAAGGUCACAACCUCCACUUGGCCCCAGAUCGGCCGUGCUGUUGCUGCCCUUCUCAGCCUGCCUAUCAAAUUUAGCGGGGACGAUGCGUGUCUUGAGAGGUUCAAGAACCAGGUUGUCUAUGUCAAGUCCUUCACAGUGAGCCAAAAGGACAUGCUGGAAUCUGUUUUACGGGUGACCGGAACACAGGAAUCGGAUUGGGCUAUUUCGAAGGAACCAUCAAAGGAACGCUGGGCGAAUGGUAUCAAGGAGAUGGUGCAGGGCAGUCGCAUUGGGUUUGCCAAAAUGCUCUACACUCGCGUCUUUUAUCAGGACGGUGCAGGGAACAUUGAGGCCAAGGGUCCUUUGAAUUCGAUGCUCGGCCUGCCAACCGAGGAUAUUGAUGAGUUUACCAAGAUUGCGAUUGAGCGUGCGAAGCCUCAGCCUUGGAAGUGA